AUGAAUUACACUUGCACUGAAGGAGAAGAAAGAAAUGAUGCACUGGAGUGCAAAAUCUGUUACCAGAGAUUUACUGUUCACAGUGGUAAGCCCAAAAUCUUGGAUUGUCUUCACAGCAUUUGUGCUAGAUGUUUGACUAAAAUACUUCAUAUAGGAGGCGGAUCUCCCUGCGUUAGCUGUCCCUUUUGCCGCCAUGAGACAGAGUUGCACGAAGAUGAAGUUGAAGGACUCCCCAAUGAUACAAACAUUAUGUCCAAGCUCAUAUUAAAAGACAAAACAGCAUGGAAUUCUGACUGUAACGAAGUAGUUUUAGCACCAAAAAAUUUGGCUUAUUCAAGUUCUUCCCACAGAUCAUCAAACUGCUUAGUUAUUACAAUUAUGGAAGUACAAAAAGACUGCCCAAGGACUCCCAGUCAAAGUACUGCCUCCAAUUAUUAUGCUGACCAUGGCACUGAGUCAGUAUCUCUAAGUUCUCACAGUCAGCUGGACCAAGAUCUCUUUUCAAAGCUAUGGAAGCAUGUCCCCAGAAUACUGGUAUGGCUGCUUGGAUUUCUUUACUUUAGUUCCCUCCCUCUUGGGAUCUACUUACUAGUGAUUCAGAAGGUGACCCUAGGUGUUGUGUGUGUGAGUUUUGUUCCCUCCAGUCUAACUGUAUGUCUCGUGUAUGGCUUCUGCCAGUGCCUCUGUAUCAGCUUUGUGAAGAGCAGUCACAAAUUCCGUGGCAAAGUGUUUUAUCAAUUGGUAAAUUUUUAA